ACUCUCCAACCCUUUCACGUAUCCCCUCCGCUGUUCCUUUCAUUCAUCUAUUAUCCAUAAACCCUUUACUUACCCUCCUCCAUCUCAUCUCAGAGACCCAACUUUUUGUUAUGUCAAUGAUUCAGAUGGAUCACAAUUGAAAGAAAGUUUUCGGUAUCUUGAUAGAGAGAAAGAAAAAAGAAAAAUGUCGUCGUUGGGGACAUCAAAGGGGAUUUUGGAGAUUGCUAAAUUCGGAGUUUAUGUGACCGUUCCCAUAGUUCUCAUGUACAGCUUCGCUAACAAUACCAACAAUCUCCAGAAAUUCAUGGGAAAUCGUUCAUACAUAGUGUUCCCAUCAAAUACAGUAAGACCUCCAUCACCAGAAGAAAUGAGGGAAAGGGCUCGAGCGUUGGGUCGCAGGAAGGAUAUCCAUUGAUGCUGACUGUAAGUCACCAUUGUAGCCUCUCAGUUGUGUUUAUUUUUAUUUUGUACAAACAACAUAUCUGUAAUAUGCAGCUGUAUGCUUUGUGGAUUUUGUUUCAGUAAUUAAAUAAUUUUUCCUGUUUGGAGAA